AUCAUCGAGCGCCUUCAUUGCUGGCGACAUUCUCAACAGUUCAUGAGCUGAAGUCAGUUCCUCUGCGAUCCUCGUAAUGGACUCUCAGAAAGAUGCCUUACAGAGGAUAAUUGCCACAUUAGCAAACAAAAAUGAGGAACUGCAGAAUUUCAUUGAAACGCUGAAUCACACUUUGGAUCGAGUUCAGGUCAACUCCACACAGGUGGUGUCGGAUUUAGAGGAGGAGUUUGACACGCUUUACUCCAUCCUGGAUGAGAUGAAGGAGAGUAUGACAAACACCAUCAAACAGGAAACAGUCCGCAAAUCACAUGAGCUUCAGAACCAGCAGACCCAAAGCACCAAUGCAUUAGAGAGUGCAGAGGAACUUUUGGAGUUUGCUAAUAAUGCGCUGCACAUUACAGAUGAGGGGGAAUUCACAAAGGCUGCCAAACAGAUCAAAGAUAGGGUCACAAUGGCUCCUGCCUUCCGCUUGACUAUGAAGCCCAAAGCCACAGAUAAUAUGACCCACCUGAUGGUGGACUUCAUUCAGGAGAGACAGCUUCUGCAGGGCCUAAAGUUCCUCCCUGUGCCAAGAGCUCCAGAGAUAGUGCUCGAGGACUGUCUGGUCAUAGAUAAUGAGGUGACCGUAACCUGGAGAAUACCGGUGGAGGACAGCAAGAUUGACCAUUACAUCUUAGAGUACAGAAAAACCAACCACGAGGGUCUGCCGCGUGUGAAGGACGAGCAGUGCUGGGAAGUGGUGGACAACAUCAAGACCAGUGAAUACACCCUACAAGGGUUAAGAUUUGACACCAAGUUCAUGAACUUCCGGGUAAGAGCAUGUAACAAAGCAGCCGCGGGGGAUUAUUCGGAUCCGGUCACUUUGGAAACUAGAGCGUUUAACUUCGGCUUUGACUCCACGUCAUCUCAUCUGAAUCUGAAGGUGGAGGACAGGAGCGUGGAAUGGGAUCCUCAGGGAGGAAAAGGAGUAGACACCAAAGUCAAAGGGAAGGAGAACAAGGGCAGCAGUGCACAUUUCACCAAUCUGAAGAAUAUGUCAAGAAGUGGAACGCCAUCUCCUAAAAGAACAUCAGUGACGCGUUCACCCGCCCCGAGAGGAGCCAGGGAUCGCUUCACUGGAGAGUCCUACACAGUACUGGGUGACACCAGUAUAGAGUCUGGCCAGCAUUACUGGGAAGUGAAGCCUCAGAAAGACUGUAAGUCCUACAGUGUUGGUUUGGCCUACAGAAACCUUGGGAAAUUUGACCAGUUGGGGAAGACCAACACCACCUGGUGUAUCCAUGUCAACAACUGGCUGCAGAACUCAUUUGCAGCCAAACACAACAACAAGGCAAAAAAUCUGGACGUCCCGGUACCAGACAGCAUAGGCGUCUACUGUGACUUUGAUCGGGGCCAACUUUCCUUCUAUAAUGCUGAAAACAAACAAUUGCUUCAUACUUUUAAAGUGAGGUUCACCCAACCUGUUGUGCCAGCUUUCAUGGUGUGGUGUGGUGGUCUGACUCUGUCUACAGGCCUGCAGAUACCCAGUGCAAUAAGAAGCUUCCAAAAGACAGAAAAUGGGCUGGGAGGAUCGAACAGCAGUAUAUCUCCGCAGGAUCCCUCAGUAGCCUGUGAUAUCUGCUUCUACGAUAAACUGCCUUCAGUAGACAGCUCCCUAAUGCCGUGACCCGAUUUCUCAAAACACCUGAAAAACUAAUCAGGAAACCAUUCUGAAAACUGGACACACUUCCGAUGACCGAGGCAUGUAGACUUCCAGGACAAAGAGAUCAUCGCCGCAGCUUUGACUGGCAGAAUUUGGAGAGACGUUUCCCUUUAUGUUCCGAUGAAGAGAGGCCUCGUUCUCUUUGACAGACACUUGCUUUCAUCAGGAGAUGUUUGCAUAAGGAAAGCUAGUCGCUUUAUCAGGGAAUAGUUGAGUGCACUUUCUUUACUGAUUUUAGUUUGAAUGAUGACAUGCUUUUUUGAGUUGUUUGUCCUUCACUAGUUGAUUCUCAUAUUGUUUUACUUUCGUUCCUUGUAGUGUGUGUUAAAUCCUUUCUAUGGUAUUUUCUUUCUUUUUUUUACAUUAACUGUACUCUUACUGAUAUUGAACUCUGUAGAUCAUCCUUCAGCUGUUGAUUUUGAAACUGGAAAACUUUGCACAAGUGUAAAAAUGAUAAAAGCUGCUUUUAAUGUCCCCUCAUUGUCAUAAACUGUUAUUAUAUCUGGAUAAUUUUGGAUGUAGACUGUACAUUUUUGUUGUAUAAAUGUGUCAUCCUCCUUUUAAGUCAUUUUAGGUCUAAUUUUUUGGAAUAAAUUAAGAGUUUGUCAUGCAUUUGUGCAGAAACUAAUAAUCAAACCUCCAUCUGUUUCUAUGUAACAAUCCUUAAUGAGCUUCAAUCCAAACAUUAAAGCUCACCAAAGACUUCUGUUUGACUCCAUGUUGACUUGUUCUGCCUCUGGCACCAUCUGGUGUUGUAAUCCCCAAACAGCAUUAAAGUGGAUCACAGGCAAAUG